GAGGAAGAACCGAACACGAGACUCCGUGCAUUCACACGAGUGAGGAGUCAUAACAUUUAAUCGGAUCUUUCGAGGUCCCGCUGCCUCUCAGCAUUAAUGGAUGCGUGAUUUUAAAUGCGUACGAAAUUUAAAGCUGUUAUUCUUGCAAUGUUGCCAUUUAAGGAUUUUUUUCUACCAAAAUUCAUCGCUUCUUUUUAAACGAUGCUCGUGGACUUAUAUAUGAAGGCAUGCAUUAUUGCGAAGUUGUGGAUUGCGCUGGGAUUGAAACACAACACCAUGUUGGAUCUGAACCUGCACUGUGUUCUGUGUUGAAUAUUUCUCUCUGAAACACUCUGUGAGAGUCAUGAUGGCUAAGCAUUGUCAUAGUGAUGAACUGAGUAAGAUCCCUGACGAGGAUCUGCUCAAAUGGAGCAAAGAGGACUUGAUCAAGAAACUGAGAAGAGUCGACGGUGAGAAGAUGAGCCUGAUGCUUGAACAUAGCAACAUGAUGAAGGAUGUCAACCGCAGACUGCAGGUGCACCUCCACGAAAUCCGUAAUCUAAAGGAAAUAAACCAGAAACUGCAGGAUGACAGCCAGGAGCUCAGGGAGCUCUGCUGCUUUCUGGAUGAUGAUAGGCAGAAAGGCAAGAAGUUGUCACGGGAAUGGCAGAGGUUUGGGAGAUAUACAGCGAGCGCAGUGUGGAAGGAGGUAAGCACCUAUCAGCAGAAACUCAAGGAACUGGAGGUCAUCCAGGAGAGCGUUCUGCGGGAGAAUGCAGAACUAAAGGAGAUCAUUCUCAUGUUGGAUGAAGAUAUGAAUGGAGCUGGAUCUAGGAGUUCCAUUGACAGCCAGUCCAGCCUGAGCAACCUCAAUGGAGGCUCUGGUACUGUUAGAGAUGUUGGGGAUGGGAGCAGUACCUCCAGUGGUGGAAGUGCUGGCAGCCCAGACCACCAUCAUAACCAUAUACACAAGGCUGUAGAGACCAAGAUAGGCACCAUAAGACGUUCGAUGGAUGAUCUCUCAGCUCCACAUCACCACAGGAGUAUUCCCAAUGGACUCAAUGAUGCAUCCUCAAACUAUAUUCAGCAGUUGGAAACCAAGGUCCGCAUUCUAGAGGACAAAAACAACAAACUUCUGUCACAACCCUGUGGUCGUUAUAGUUUAUCAAAGAUACCCAUGAAGUGUAAUCCUGGAGACCUGCGAGCCCUUCGGAAGGGCAUGACCCUCUACCACUCAGAAUCACAGCUGUCCUCCCUCCCCCAGCGCCAGGAAGCCCUGCUUAAUGGGACAGGAAGGCUACAGGCCAGCGAGUCUUCCCCCUCCACAGGGUUUCUCUCAUCUGUACAGAAACCUGGGGCUGUGGUCCAUGCCAUGAAGGUUCUGGAGGUCCAUGAUAAUCUGGACAAGCAGCUUCUAGAAGAAAAUGAGGAAGACCUAAGUGAGAAAGAAAAGGCUAUAGUGCGAGAGAUGUGCAACGUGGUGUGGCGUAAGCUUGGCAAUGCGGCAGGAUCAAAGCCAUCCAUCCGACAGCAGCUCGCUGGGAAUCAGCACAAAGGUCCUCUAUAGCAGCUCCAAUACAUGAGGAACAUCCAUCUUUCUCUUCAUCCACCAUCAAACUCCAGCAGGGAAAAACUCAGAAACUGAUCCCAUCAACAAUGAGGAACACAUACACUGUCUUUCAACUUGGGAUAAAUGCAAAAAUCACUUUUUUUUAGAUGGUAGAUAUGCUUAAUACAAAUUAAGCUCAGUCGAUAGCAUUUUUUGGCAUAAUGUUGAUUACCAACAUUUAUUUCGACCUGUUCCUGCUUUUCUUUAAAAAAGACAAAUUUGCAAAUACAUUAUGGCACUCACAAUGGACGAGUCAAAAUCACUUUUUUUGGUAGUCAACAUUGUGCCGCAAAUUCUGUUGAUUGAGCUUAACUUGUAUUGAAUAUUCCUUUAAUAUUCAGAGCAAUAAUAAGCAUUGAAUUAACGUUGUUUCAUCAUUGAAGGGAUAGAUCAGCCAAAAAUGAAAACUCUGUCAUCGUUUACUGAGACAUGGCAGAAUGUCAGCCUCAGUCACCUUUCACUUUUAUUGCUCCUUUUUCCUCCAACAUUCUGCCUAACAUCUUUUUUGUUUCAUCAAAGAAAAUCAUACGGGUUUGGAACAACAUGAGGGUGUGUAAGUGACAAAAAAACAUUUUUUUUCUUUUUCAUUUUCCAUUUAAAAAAUAUUUGUUGUUCUUUAUGGAUCUCAUUUGAUACAACUGGCAGCUUGUCAUAUUCAGUCGGCUUGCCUCAUCUUAAUUACCAUUGUGCAAAACAGUGAUAUACUGUAACUUAAUUUGUCCUGCCAAUCUUCUAAACUAAGUUUGGUUCACUAAACUGUAGUUUACUCCUUUCAGUACAAAGUGGGAGAUGGCACAUUCAGAAAACGCCCAAAUCACUCCACUGUGUAAUGGUGACCUUCCCUCCUGUGCAUCAGAAAUAUACAUUACAGAAAUGACUCUGAAAAAUAGUGUAAGAUGUGUAAAAAAAAAAAAAAGAAAAGAAAAAAAAGGAAACCUUAAUCACUUUAUUGUUUUGUCUUUUUAAUUGUUUUAACCUUUUUCUAGUUGCUGUUUUUAGUAAGACAACUCAAUAAUAUAUGGAGUUUCUUAAAAGUGCAACACUUUUUAGAUGAUACAACAGCUCUUUGUUCUAGUUGUGUUAUGAAGCAAAAUGGCACUCAACCAAAAUCCAUUGAUUUUUCUAUGUUUAAGAUGUCAUAUUUUUAAACAGUGUGCUGUGCAUGCUUGACAAUCACGUCUCUCAGGUCUGGGAAUGACACGAGUACAUCAUAAUGUGUUAAAAACGAUAGAUUUGUCUUUUUCCAGCCCUUCUUUGUAUAUUAUAUCCUUGCUUACAAUCAGUUGAAAACAACUGUUGACACUUGCUGAAUCUGUUUUAAUUAACCUGUUACCAGUCAUGACUAACAUUUUGACAGAAAUCAUUGUGGUAACCUAAUUGUGAAGGAAUUGGACUUUUAACACAGAAUCUCUGUGGUUCAAACCUUGGGGAUGACAGUAGGAGACAAAGGAGAAUUCAUCUUAAGGCCUUAAAAUGUGAUCAAAAUCCUUCCAUUGUGCUCUUGAGCAAGACGCUUAACUGGUUGUUGCAGGGGGACUAUUCAUCUCUGCAAUAAGUAAAUUGAUUGGGAUGAAAAACUCUUAAUUGGCUAAAAAAAACAAGCAUUCCAUACUUGUUAAACAGCAAUCAAGGUUUGGAUACAGCAAGUGAAGUUUAGCUAAUUCAAAUGCAUGCCAGUGCCAGUUUAGCUUAAGCGAGAGUGUCUUCUCAGAACUUUCUGGUAUUUUUUUGUUUUUUUACUGUUUUUUUUAACUAUACUAAGCUAAUCAAGUCCUUAAACAGGCAUACUCGCAAAUAAAGCAGGUUAUGUUGGAAUGGAAUACUAGCUUAAUGUUUACUGCAUACUGCGCAUAAUAGGCGAAUACUGCCUAUUAUUAUAAUAAUAAUAAUAAUAAUAGGCCUACUAUAUGUGGUAAACAUUAUGCAACAAUUAAAAUUUCAGUAGUAUGUUACAUUGUUGUCUUAUGAGUUACAUGCAUGUUUGAUUCAGGGAGUGGCGCCCAGUUCAUCAUCUUCUUAGAAACAAAUAUGAUUAGUUUGCAUCAUUCAACUUUUGGCAUUAUAAUAAAUGAUCCAAAGAAAAGAAUUCAGCUGUAAUUACUUCUGGAUCAUUCUACAUGCUGGAAAAGGAAGGUCAAGUCAAGAACAUUGCAUUGAAAAUAGAAGAGUUGUAUGGUAGUAUGUUAUUCCGAACAUAGCCAACAAGUCUGUUGGUUAAAGGGUGAAGUAUGGUGAGAGGAGUUAACAUGGCUCUUUAAACACAGAUCACUCAAGUGUUUUAUCUUUAAGGGAGAGUGCAUUUGAUGGUUGGCUUUAGUUUGAAUUGACCCACCUUACACACACAUGAGAUGUUGCCAUUGUUCUUAAUGAAAAGAUUUGCAAGCAAAUCCAAUAGAUAAAGUGCCCUUCCUCUUAGGAAACGGCCUGAAUACAAAGCCAUUUUUUUUGGAUGCAUUUUUUUAUUCAGCAUGUGCUGCCUGUUUUAUUCAUGGAGUUUUAUGUGAAACCUAUGCGCCUGUACCCAGUGUUGUUUUAGUCUGUGUAAAAUCUUUGAUGUUUAUCUUGUCUUCAGUGUUAAUAUCAUGUCUUGUAAGAGCGAGCAUGAGUGCUGAAUCUCUCUACAAGCCAGGAGAGAUCAGGUAUUUUAUGCCAAACAUGUAAAGAAAAAGUUGUAAAAAUUGCCCAAUUUUGUCAAUAAAAACCCUAUUGCUUUA